AUGUUAACGUCAAUGGAAGAUCUUCUGGAAAGGCACGAGGAGGGAAAUGACCCCCAAAUGGUAGGCAGUAGCAGCCAUGAUAUCCACACCAUGAAGGGAAACAUAGAGGGGGGAAGUAACUCCAAGGAAGGAUGUGAAAUUCUUCCAUUUGGUGACAACUCCAUGGUGAUAGACACCGAUCUUUCGCAUGUCAGAAUUGGUGACAGCGAUGGCCAUUUGGGAAAGCGGAAGAGAGGAGUGGAGGGCGGCGAAUAUACGGAGGAUAUACAGGGGAGAUACCAGGAGGGGUCCCACCUGAACAGUACGGAGCAUCCACCCCAUGGCGAUAACAACAAAAUGGGUAACCCUACAAGAACUAUGCUGAUAAGCGGAAAAAACUGUGCAGGAAAAAAUUCCCCCCGUGUGAACAGAGGCAAUCCUAUCCAAUUGCAGGGAGACAACUUCGACGAAGAGGAUACCCUAUUGAAGGACGGCGACGAGGAGACUGAACUGUUAAUGAGCAACGCCCAGGUAAGGAACAUGGCAAUGGAGGACUAUGAAGACAAUUUGUCCGUCGCAUCGUCAGCACAAAGUAAUUAUGGCAAGUAUAGGGACGUGGAUCCAGACCACCUAAUUUAUUUAUAUGAAAAUGAACAUGUGGGGGGGUUGAAAAGCACAGAAGGGUUAGCGGCGGGAGAAGGGGUAGGCGAAGCAACGACAGAGGAACAACAACGGCAGCAAGGUCCCGUUGCCAGAUAUUUAGAUAAACAGUACAAGGGACAAAUAAUCAUCGAUGGGAAGAACGAAGUGGACGAGCUCUUGCUCGCAAUCAGAAUGGCCUAUUUCGACAUGGCUAGCCAAAAUAGAGAAGGUGCCUCUGAGCUGAUAAAACAAAACACUUCUGUGGAUUUUCUACAAUCCGAUCAGAGUGAGGGAAACGAAUCGAGCGUCGACUGUUCCGAGGAUGAGGCCUCCGAGAGGGAUGAAUGUGUCGAGCGACUUCGCCAUUUCUAUGAAGACAGUAGUGUGGAUGACGGUGAAGAACCUGUUUUCGAUCCGAUUGCGCGCCUUCCGGGCACCCCUGGAGAGAGCGAUAAGGAGGGGCAAAACGGAGAUGCGCACAAAACAGAUGCGCACCACGCAAAUGUGCACAGUGGGGAGGGACAGGGCGCCCAGAGAUGCGGGGACAUCACGAAAGAAACCAUCCAGGAGGUGAUCAGUGACGACGCAGAAGAUGGAAUGGUGAACAGUGCCACGAACGGGGAGGCCAGCGGGGAUGUCAGCGGAGACGCAUCGGCAAAUACGACGAUGGACAAAUCAGCAGAGUGCGUCUUCCCGGAAGAAAAAAAUCAACUCAGCAAGCAAAGCAGAAUAAGGUUAAUGGGAACCCCCGAAAGUGUGAAAGAGGACAUACCAAUAGAGAAAAUAGGGAAAUUAAUAAAAUUAGAAGACGAUGUAUUGACUGUGCAUGCAUUUAAGUGCGAAUUUUACCUAAGUGUUGCCUCUGUGUUGUGCCUCCAGAAUCGAAAGAUAAUCGGGUGCAUCAUUAAUGUCAGUUCGAACGAGACGGAGAUUUUCUACUACGCCAAUGUGCUCUUCCCAAAAGUGAAAAACGAAUUAACGCCCAAUAUAGAUAUAUAUGUCGACCAAAAACAUGCCGUGUACCUCAACGUGGGGGUGAACAUCUGCGCGGAAUUGUUCAAAGUAUUUAAGAACCCAGCCAUACCUUUCGUUUUUAUUAACUACAAAGAUUUGUAUAGCAUUGCCGACGCGCAGUUGGCCGAGAGUAGCAACCAAAACCAGGAGGGGCCGGACACUAACAAAAGUGCAACGGACGCUGGAAAGCUUAAGGAGCAUACCAUUUCGGAUUUACUGCAUAACAUUGCAUCGUCACCCUGUACGCAGGCAGGAAAAAGUGCAAACAAAAAUUGGCACAAAAAUGGAUCUUCCCAAAAUGUUACCCCCUACGAUACCGCUCAGAAAAAUAACAACCAUGGAGCGCAUGUGAAAACUCAUGGCCCCCCCAGACGCAGAGGUGCGCGAAACUUUGGCAGUGCAUCCUCUCGCCGCCCUUCAAAUUAUAGAUUUAAAAAUUUGAGUUAUGUAAAUUCUAUACGGGGUAGCAAAAUGGGCAUCCUGCAUGGCAAUGGCUCAGCUGGUCUGCAUACUUGUGAGGGAAAAAUUGGUGCCUAUGUUGGAGCGCCCCUCAUGAAUGGAAAUGCGUCUUACGGUGGUGCUAGUGGUAUGGGCGGCGCCUACAACGGUGAGGGCGCCCAGAAUUACGGCAAUGGCACUCCCCACGGCGUCUCCAUUUCGGAGAUGCAAAGUGGCUACAACGUACACGCAGCGGUUACAAGAUCCGACGUUACAAGAUCUGACGUUGCGCACCCCCCUCCGUUUUUGCCCCCCCAAUAUAACCACCAACUUGCAAGCCACGAUUACUCCAGGCCGACCCUGUUUAGCCCAUUUGACCAAAGGAAAAGUGCCUACCCAGGUGAAGCCUCAUAUGACACCCACCGUGGGUCCUACAACAUGCACACGAUAAAUCGCGCGACAAAUCGUACGAAUAGAUACGUAUACAACAAAAUGAAAAGGGGCCCUCCGUUCAGUAACAUUAUGGUUGCAAACUCAAAUGACUACUCAAAUGGCCGGGGCCCCUUCAAAACGGAAAAAAAAUAUGCGCUGCACCAGCCGUAUAAUGUACAUAGCGGUGGACCCCCUAGCUAA